AUGAUGGAUAACAACUCUCAACAUGCAACCCAAUUUGGCGGCAAUAUUACAACUAACGAUGAUAAUACUAUCACGCGCAGCAAUCUGCGCAACUGUGCCGUUACUAGCUCCUACGUGAAGCGUAGCACCUUUGACGACUGCGUUUUGGUGCAGGUGCGCUCAGCGUCUCGCUCAACAGGGAAGAAGUCUCACUUCCACGGCGUGACUUCGGUUAAGCGCAGUGAGGUAACAGAAAGUACCCUUCUUGAAAAGAGCUCCGCACAUCGAAGUACCAUCAAAACUUCUACGGUCCGAGAUGCGAGUACCAUCACGACCAGUGCUGUGACAGGAUCGACCAUCUCACACAGUCAACUUCGAAGGGCGAAAGUCAAGGAUUGCGAUGUGGAGGAUUGUAUAAUUUCUCGAUCCUCUUUCGAGGGCAUGGUUCUCAAGUUUGGAGUGUGGAAAAGGGGCCAGCUUAUCGGGAAGAUUGGAGAUAAAGAACCCGUCGCGAUUCGAAAAGACGAUCCACGUCUCACUGCCAGUUCGAGUCGUGCUGCCGGGCCAUCUUCAAACAUACCUGCUGUACCGGAGCUCGAUUCUAAAUCAAAGGGCCCGCUACCAGUUCACGAUUUGGAUCGAAUUGAUUCAGCCGAGAGCGCUGAAAGUGAGGAUUCUGAUCGCUCGGAAGAUCUCCCUCCUCCUUAUAAGGUUUGA